GGCGCUGCGGAGCCUCCCACCGCCGCAGCAUGGAGCCGGACCUCAGCUUCCGCGGCCGCCGCGCCCUGGUCACCGGGGCCGGCAAAGGGAUCGGACGCGCCGUGGCCGUGGCGCUGUGCAAGGCCGGAGCGCGAGUAACGGCGCUGAGCCGCACCGCGGCGGACCUGGAGAGCCUCGUACGAGAGUGCCCCGGGAUCGAACCGCUGUGCCUGGACCUGGCCGACUGGGACGCCACGGAGGCGGCGGUGGGCGCGGCGGGGCCCUUCGAGCUGCUGGUGAACAACGCGGCCGUGGCGAUGCUGCAGCCCUUCCUGCAGGUGACCCGGGAGGCCGUGAAGCGGUCUUUUGAUGUCAAUUUCCGGGCUGUGCUCCACGUUUCUCAGAUCGUUGCUCGGCAGAUGAUUGCACAGGGGCUACCAGGUGCAAUUGUGAAUGUCUCUAGCCAGGCAUCUCAGCGUGCCCUGCGGGAUCAUGCUGUUUACUGUUCUACCAAAAGUGCUUUGGAUAUGCUGAGCAAGGUAAUGGCAAUGGAACUGGGACCCCACAAGAUAAGGGUGAACACUGUGAAUCCCACAGUAGUUAUGACCGACAUGGGGAGAAUUAACUGGAGUGAUCCUCAGAAAUCUGCUGCCAUGAUUAACCGGAUUCCACUAGGAAAGUUUGCAGAGGUGGAUGAUGUGGUGAACAGCAUUCUUUUCCUGCUCAGUGACAAGAGUGCUAUGACAACUGGCAGCUCACUGAUGGUUGACGGGGGAUUUCUCGUCUCCUAAGAUGACAUCUGCAUUUCAUAGCUAGUCUGAUUUUCAUACUAGUAUUGCAUAGAUCUAAAAGGAAUAGUAAACAGUGACAAAGACCCAUUGUUGCUGGACAAGAGGGGCAGCAGAGCUGGAACCUGUUUGAGAAUUGAGGCAGAAAGUUACCUUUACAAGGCUGCUAUAUAAUAAAGAUCACAUAUGCUGUCA